GAGGCCCCAGAAUAUAAUAGUGACAUCAUCCGCUGAUGUAAAGAUUAGUAAGUGACGCUUGGAAUCUGAACAAAGGGAUAGUAUCUUCUAUCUCUAUGGUGUAUAUUGGUGGGUCACAUUAAUAAAUGAACAUUAACAUAAAAUUCUCGCUUUUUUCCUAUAAUUUCAGCCGACUUCAGCUCUGCCACCAUGGGGACAAGCAGUGUUAGUACUUCUGGGACUAUACCAUACAUGGCCCCAGAAGUACUCAGCAACAUUAGCACCAAGACCAUCCGCUACAACUCUAAGGCUGAUAUAUGGUCAUUGGGAAUAUCAGCGCUGGAAAUGGCAGAAGGAUAUUAUCCAUUCAGCAGAUUUCCUGAGAAUAAGCUGAUGAAGAGGGUUAUGCACGGUCCCGCACCAACAUUAUUAUGGGACAAAUGGUGA